CCCGCUCCCCCGGCUCCCCGCCCCGCCCCGCCCGGCGCGGCUCCGCUCCCCUCCCGGCCCCGCUCCGCUCCGCUCCGCCGCAGCCGCCGCGGGCAGGGAGGGCGGGAGGCGGCGGCGCCGGGCGCUGCCAUGCGGGCGGGCGGCGCCGGGGCGCGGGGCGGGUGAGGGCGGUGGCGCCGGCGGGGGCUGGUGGCGGCUCGUAGCGCCCGGUCCCGCCCGCGGGAGCCGCCGGGCCGGCGGGGAGCGGCGCGCAGGGCAUGCCAUCCGCCUCGCCCCGAUGUUUCACUGGGGCAAGUGGAAGAAGAGGAUGGGAGCGAGCGCCUCCUCCUCCAAGAGACCCGUCUUCGACGAGCGGGAGGACGUGAACUUUGACCACUUCCAGAUUCUCCGGGCGAUUGGCAAGGGAAGCUUUGGCAAGGUGUGCAUUGUGCAGAAGAGAGACACGGAGAAGAUGUAUGCCAUGAAGUACAUGAACAAACAGCAGUGCAUCGAAAGAGAUGAGGUUCGCAACGUGUUCAGAGAGCUGGAAAUCCUGCAGGAGAUCGAACACGUGUUCCUGGUGAAUCUCUGGUACUCCUUCCAGGACGAGGAGGACAUGUUCAUGGUGGUGGACUUGCUUCUCGGUGGCGACCUGCGCUAUCAUCUGCAGCAAAAUGUUCAGUUUACGGAAGAAACGGUCAAACUCUACAUCUGUGAGAUGGCGCUGGCUCUUGACUACCUGCGAAGUCAGCAUAUCAUCCACAGAGAUGUAAAACCAGACAACAUCCUCCUCGAUGAGCAAGGUCAUGCACAUUUAACAGAUUUUAAUAUUGCAACAAUAAUUAGGGACGGUGAAAGAGCAACUGCAUUAGCUGGAACAAAGCCAUACAUGGCCCCGGAGAUUUUCCAUUCCUUCCUGAACGGCGGGACGGGCUACUCCUUCGAGGUUGAUUGGUGGUCGCUGGGAAUCAUGGCUUACGAACUGCUGCGGGGCUGGAGACCAUAUGACAUCCACUCCAACAACCCUGUGGAGUCUUUAGUUCAGCUCUUCAGUACUGUCAGCGUUCAGUACUCAUCUGCGUGGUCAAAAGAAAUGGUUGCUCUGUUAAGAAAGCUGCUGACGGUGAACCCUGAGCAUCGCUUCUCCUGCCUGGCCGAUGUUCAGGCCUCGGCGUACUUGUCCGGCGUGGUCUGGAGCGACGUCUGUGAGAAGCGGGUGGAGCCGGGCUUCGUCCCCAACAAGGGCCGCCUGCACUGCGACCCCACCUUCGAGCUGGAGGAGAUGAUUCUGGAGUCGAGGCCCUUGCACAAGAAGAAGAAGAGGCUUGCAAAGAACAAGUCGAGGGACAACAGCAAAGACAGCUCGCAGUCUGAAAAUGACUAUCUCCAAGAAUGCCUUGAAGCUAUCCAGCAAGACUUUGUCAUCUUUAACAGAGAGAAGCUAAAGAAGAGCCAAGAGCAGACGAGUGAGUCUGUGUCCCCCCCCGAGACCACCGACGAAGCCGAGACGGAGGCCGAGUCUGAGACCUCCAACUUGAACAUGUGCAGCUCCGUCUGCUCCUCUGCAGGCAGCAGCUAGGCUGCAGCCGCCGGGCGAGGGUCGCCGGCCCACGCCGCGCUGAUAACCCCGUUCUCAGGUUGCGCUGAGCACCACGGCUGUCCUCCGAUACCACCGGAGAGCACCGACAACUAGUCUUGCAAAGCUGUAGCAAAAGAGAGAGUUCUUACAGAACUGCAUUCCCGGAUUUAUCGGAACGCCAGUUCGGCACGCUGGUUGCCUGUCGUGGGUAAAGAUUCUUGCUAUGCAACGUGUUGGAGGAGGUAGAUCAACUUCUUUACUUGUUCUUUUUUAAUGUCAGAUUGCUGAUCUGCACAUGUUUUUAAUACAGUUAGAUGGCAAGAAAAGAAGUUACGUCCUUGGGCGCAACAAGGGAAGACACCGAGCAGGUGUGGAGCGGGAGGAAGGCUGAAGAGGUGGUUGAAAUUUUACUUUGGCGUUCCCUGUUUGUAAAGGCUGUUGUAGGGACAAGCGAUCCCCGUGUAAAUCGGAGCAGACCCGGCGCCUCUCCGGGCCGCGGCAGGCGGCACCGGCCUCCUCGGAGCCUCGAGCUGUUUGGGUCCUGCCGGCGUAAGGACAUCCCAGGCACAUCCUUGCCCUCUCAUCACCUGUCAGAGUUUCUUUCCCGACGCGGGGCAAAUAAGUGUUUUUUGUGCACUCCGUGGAUUCUUCCAGGGCUGUGUAAUGAUUAACCAUGGAACUGAGAUGCAGAAUGCAUUUGAAAUCUUUGCUCUCUUCACUUAGCUGCUGCGAGCAGCGAGGCGCCGUGUGAACGAUUGGAGGGGUUGGUUCUGUUGGUCCAGGUGCGGAGGGCGCAGUUUAUCACAGGUUCAGAUUUUACUGGAGAUAAAGUGGGUGGCCUUCAGUGCUGCUUAGUUAUGAAAGAGGGGAAUAUCUUGUUUCACCCUUCAACUUACUUUAUUUUCAGUGUAAAGGAAAAGUACUGUAUAUAAUUUACCAAUACCUGUUUUAACUUCUUAAUAAGACGGGAGAUCUCCUUACCUUGUUCCA